AUGAAACAACAAGAUGAGAAAAUCAAUAAUUUAGAGAAAAACCGUAAAGAAUUGGAAAAGAAGAUUCAAGAAUUACGUCGUCCACCAAUUGAUUCCACCCUAAGAGAAAAAUUGGCAUUUUUGUUUCCCUAUGAUCAAAGUAGAAAAUUCCCUGCGUAUAUUUGGCAAAGUUGGAAAUAUGGAUUAAAUGAUGAAAGAUUUGGAGAGAAAUUUAAAGAAGGUGAAUUACAAUGGGCAGUUAAAAACCCAGGAUUUGUUCAUGAAUUAUUUAACGAUGAUACAUCAAGUGCAAUUAUACAUCAUUUAUAUGUUUUAAUCCCUGAAAUUGUUGAGGCUUAUGAAGUCUUGCCCUCUAUUAUUCUAAAGAUGGAUUUUUUCAGAUAUUUGAUCUUGUUGGCAAGAGGCGGGAUUUAUGCAGAUGUUGAUACAUUACCAUUACAACCUGUACCUAAUUGGAUUCCUGAAAAUGUUUCGCCAAAUGAAAUUGGUAUGAUUAUUGGGAUUGAAUCUGAUCCUGAUACUCCUGAUUGGAGAAAGACAUAUGCAAGAAGAUUACAAUUUUGUCAAUGGGUUAUUCAAGCCAAACCUGGCCAUCCAAUCCUAAGAGAAAUUGUUGCCAAGAUUACUGAAUUGACAUUACAAAAGAAGAAGCAAGGAGAUUUAGAGAUUAAUGAUAAUUUAGAUAUUAUGAAAUGGACAGGUGCUGGUAUUUGGACCGAUGUUGUAUUCACAUAUUUUAAUGAUUAUGUUCAAAGUGGGAUUUAUUCCAAGAUUACAUGGAAAGAUUUCACCAAGUUGGAAGUUCCAAAAUUGAUUAGUGAUGUUUUAGUUUUACCAAUUACAAGUUUUUCACCAGGGAUUGGCACUAUGGGUGCUAAAGAUGAAGAUCAUCCAUUAGCUUUUGUUAAGCAUUAUUUUGAAAACAUUUGGAAGAAAAAUUGA